AUGGCCGCCGUCACCUCCGCCGCAGUCACUAUCCCAUCCUUCUCCGGCCUCAAGGCCGCCGCCCCGGCCCCCAAGCCCGCCGCCGUCAGACUCGCCGCCCCCNNCCGGAGGCUCGCCGUGAGAGCCUCGCUGAAGGACGUCGGCGCCGCGGUGGUCGCUACCGCCGCCGCCGGCAUACUCGCCGGUAACGCCCUGGCCAUGGAGGUAACCCUGGGCGGCGACGACGGGUCGCUGGCGUUCAUCCCCCAGACCUUCGAGGUCGCCGCCGGCGAGAAGAUCGUGUUCACGAACAACGCCGGCUUCCCCCACAACGUGGUGUUCGACGAGGACGAGAUUCCGGCGGGGGUGGACGCCGCCAAGAUCUCCAUGUCGGAGGAGGAUCUGCUGAACGCCAAGGGAGAGACCUACGCCGUCACUCUGACGGAGCCUGGGACCUACAGCUUCUACUGCUCGCCCCACCAAGGCGCCGGCAUGGUCGGAAAAGUAACCACAAUUCAAGUAGUCAAUGCAUCUGGCAAAUUUGUUGGACAUCCCAGCACCUUACCACCAACAUCGAUGAAAUUUUCAUGUCCGGGCAAAGAACUAACCUUCCCAUCAGCAUCUAUUGCCACCGGGUAUUUUAGGAUAUGCCCUUUUAAUGAAGUGAACUCGUUUGCUGUGUACCUAUUCCAAUUAUCUUCCGCCACACUAUUCACAUACUUUACGCACUCUAAGUUUUUAGGUUCCUUGAAACACUUUUUCCGUAACUUAAAACAAGCAAAAGUAGAAGUAAAGGAACGGGGCAUUGCUCUCGAUUGCCAAGACAGUAGAAAUUUAGAUAGUCUGUUGGAUGUGCAUUCUCGAGUUCAGCAGACUUGA